CCCCGUCACCGUAUUCGCAUCGUCCUGCACACGGCGGACUUCGCCUUCCCCGUGGUCCCCGUGGCUGGCCGGCUAUAAGACGCGCCUCGCCUCGCCUCGCCUCCACCUCCACUUCAGACCUUCGUGCAGUGGAGCGACAAUCCAGUGGUGGUGCUAGCGACCAGCGGUAGUGGCCGGCGCCAUCCGUCUUUGUACCCGUCUCGUCGCGCGGCUGUUCAGGCCGCCUCCUCCCGCCCGGACAGCGGCAGCGAUGGCCGAGGCGAACGGCGAGCGCCCAGCGCGGAAGUUGGGCGGCGUCCGGGACGCGCCGGCGGGGCGCGAGAACGACCUCGAGGCCAUCGAGCUCGCGCGCUUCGCCAUCGCCGAGCACAACAGCAAGACCAACGCGAUGCUGGAGUUCGAGAGGCUGGUGAAGGUGAGGCAGCAGGUGGUGGCCGGGACCAUGCACCACUUCACCGUCGAGGUCAAGGAGGCCGGCGGCGCCAAGAAGCUGUACGAGGCCAAGGUGUGGGAGAAGGUCUGGGAGAACUUCAAGCAGCUCCAGAGCUUCGAGCCCGUCGGGGACGCCGCGGCCGCCUGAGGCAAACGUACCAUCUUCCCAGUGUGAUGUGUUUUUCCCCUGAAGGCUCAAGCUUGUCGCUGGACGCUGGAGCAGAACAAUGAAAGGAUUUAGCUAUCAGACAUGGAUACACCACCUCACUGGAGGAGUUUAUAUGAUGAAUAAACCAACUUACCAGAUGUAUCAUAUGUUUUUUUAAGUCCUGCAAUGAAGUGCGCUGUGCUACAAGCAAUCUGAAGUACUAUUGCAUUUUCUAGCCA